AUGGAUAGAGCGGGUUAAGGUUAAAACAAGCAACUCCUCCAUUAUGGAUGUUUGGUUUAUUUAAUAUUCAAGGAUGAUAAUGGAUAAGAGUAGAACUAUUUGUUUAUAUAAUUAGAUAUUUAGUUACAGCAGAUGGGUAUACAAAAAAUAAGAUCCUUUUGAAAAAGAAAGAAGAUGUAUUAAAGUAUUCAUCUAUUUCUUCUUGUUUAUUCAAAAUAUACCCUACAUUUUAUAAUAAUGAAUAUCAGAAAGCUUUGAAGGUAAAGGAAGAGAAAGGAAAAAUAAAGAAAUUUUCAAUUAUUGAAAUGAGAAGUAAUGUGUAUUUUAAAAUUUAUUAGAUGCUUAAUUGGAGAUACCUAAAAAUAUAAAAGCAAUGGAAGAUGAAACUACUUUGAAUCAUGAACAAUAUGAAAAAUUUAAAGGUUCUCCAGUUGUUUUUGGAUAAACUAUAUAAUUGUUACAUAUAAACUCAAACAAAUAUUUGUAUUAUGAUUCAAAUCAUGUUUCAGAAAUUGAAAGCAAUAAUUUGAAACUUAGUUUAAUUGAUGAACAUUCUGAUGAAACAUGUUAUAGAAUCACUCCUUGCUAUACAUUUUAAUAGGAAGGAUCAGGCAAUAUAUAUCAUGAAGAUAUAGUUCACAUAGUUUCCACUGUAGAUUAAACUAAAAAGAUAGGAGGUGAACCUUAUCUACAUGCUUCUAGACCUAAGAUAUGUAUAAAAAAUAAUUAAUUUUAUAGUUGAUACAAAAUCAUCAGCUUAGAAGGAAAAGAGAGAAGUGAAUAUUUCUACAGAGAAAAAGACACCUUGGAAAGUUAAUAUUUUUGCUGAAUAUUUAGAUGAAAGAGAAGGUUUCUUGAGUAUUUAGGAUACUGUAUGGAUCAAUUAUUCAGAAUAAGAUGUAAUUCUAUUUAUUCUAUUUCCAAUAGCUCAAUCUUAUUGCUAUUAGAGAUUAAAUCAAAUAAUAGGUACAACAUUAAAAAUCAGAAUUACAUAUAUUCUUUGAAUAAUGUACUUAAUCUGCCAAUUAUACUAAAUUUGUUGGUAAUUCAAAUGGUUUGUUUACAAUUGAAAGUGAAUCUAUGUUUUAGGGAGGAUUAGUAAAAUGGGAUACACCAAUGAUAUCUUCUUCUUAUAGACUUAGACAUUUAACUACAAAGAAAUAUUUGAAAGUAAUAGAAGAAAAGAAAGAAGGUGAAGAUAAAUCUAGAUUUUUGUUAACAAGUGUAUCAGAUUAUUAAAAGGCUUCUUUGUUUCAUUUUGAAUUGAUUUUUUCAACAUUGACUACUUACAAUAGAGAAAAGGCUUAAUUAUACUUAUAGAAAGAUAGUUAUUUUAGAGCAUCUACAUAUGUUAAUUAGGAUUAAGUGUGGUUAAGAACUGAAUCAAUAUAAAAUGAUGAGGAGAAUAAGGAUAUUUCAAAGGAGAAGAAAAAAAGUGUUCCAGCAUUUAAUAAAGUAAAGAAAGAGGAAUAUGUAUUUAAAAUAGCUAAGGCAAAUUUUAAUGAAGUUAGAAUGACUAAUUUUUUGCUUUCUUGUUUGAAAACUAUAAAAGGAGCUUAAUAAUAUAUGGAUGUAUCAUUUUUAUCAGCAGAUAUUAAAGAUGAAAAAUUUUAGAAAUCUUAUAAAGGUUUUGUAGCUCAUAUGUAAAGAUUAAGUAAAUGUUUAUCUGAAUUAUAAUUAUUUUGUCAUAAUAAGUUGAUUGCAUAUUUAUAUAUAGAUUAAGAAUUUGGAUAAAUUAAUCAUUUCAUUUAGAAUGUUCUUAGGGAAUAAUAAUUUAUAGAAUUAUUGGUUAAGAUUUUAUGUGUAUCAUUUCCUGAUGUAUCAACAUUAGAUACUUUGAGAUCAAUAGAGAAAUCAGAAUCUAUGGAUAAGACUAAAAAAAGAGUUGUUGAUGAAAGUAGUAAGAAUAGAGAUUCAUAAAUAAAAAAAGAAUAUUAUAAUAGUAAAAAGAAAAUAUGUUCAUUAAUAUAUUAAUUACUUGAUUGUAUUUGUCAAUCAAAUAUAGUAAAUUAAGAGUAAGCAUCUAGAUAUAUACCAAUUUUUGCAUAAUAAAGUGUUUAUAUUGAUGAUGGUUUAAAAUGUAUUGUUUAAAUUAUUAGAGAUCAUGAGGAUUUGCUUUUAAAAUUACAUGAAUAAGUUAAUGAAGAUGAUGAUAUGCAUUAAUCAUAUUAAUAAGAAUAAGAUAUUGUUAUGGCAAAUCAUUCAAAUGCCUUUUAAUAAUAAUUAACAAUUGAAGAUUAUAGAAGAUUGUAUGAUUAAAUAAUCAAAAAGAUUUUAAAUGAAGAUCAUUUUUAAUUAAAAUCAAGAUGGGAUCUUUUGUAAUUUUAUACUAAUUUAUUAAAAGAGAAAUCUACAUCUGCUGAAAAAAAGAGAGAUAUCAUAUCAUUUUUAUAAUUUGCAUCUACUCAUAGAGGCAAAGGUUUGAAUGUUAAUUAAGAAGGUAUUUAUAGAUGUUUGAUUGAUGCUUAUGAUAGAGAUAAAGUAUUUAAAGAUGAAGUUUUAAUUAAAUUUGAAAGAUAAUAAAAGAUUAUUAAAAUAUUUGUUAAAGGAGAAGAGAAAAACUUUGUGGAAUUCUUUACAAAAACAGAUAAAAAGAAAUAACAUUUUUAAGAAGCUGAUGGAGAUGAAAUAGGUAAAUCAAAAUAAUUAAAUAAUUUCUUAAAAAAAUAAACAGUUAAAACACCUUCAUAAGAAUUAAAACCAAAAUUAAUAUUAUCUUUAGUAACUGAAUAAUUAGAAUUCUAUAUUUCAAUGUGUAAUACAAGAAAUAAUACUUGGAAGAGAUUUGUUGAAUAAUUUUUACCAUUUGAUGUUUUAAUUGAUCAUUUAAAAAUGGGAGAUAUUGGUUAUGAUAUGAGAUCUAUUAUAUGUAAAUUAAUGAAUAAGGUUUAUUUGGAUUAAGAACCUAGAAGAGAGAUAGUAUUUCCAGAAUUAUGUAAAGUAGUUAUUACAGAUGGUGAUAAUGCAUAAGGAAUAUUAGAUGAAGAAGAAGGAGGAUUAAAGAUAUAUUAAGAUUAUAAAGAUGGAUUAUAUUAAUUUAUUAAGGAUUGUGGAUUAAAUGUAGAAAAAAUGUCAUCAAAUUGGGAUAUUAAAUUUGGUGAAGCUAAAUAGAGAGAAACUCUUAAAGAGAUAUCAACUUAAUGUCCUGAAACUUAUAAUAGAUUAACAUUAGAAAUGAUAAGAUCACUUAAAUUAUUAAUUACAUUUGGUUAAUAUAGAAUUUAAUUAUGUAAUACUCCAGAUGAAACUACAUAAAAGAAUGAGAAUUUCUUUAGUAUUAUAAAAUAUUUAUUUACUAUUUUGGAAUUUGAUCCAAAAUAUCCAGAAUCAAGAAAGAUUUUAUAAAUAAAAAGAGAUGAAGAUAAAUCAAAAGGAGCUAAUUAAGGUGGAUAAUAAAUAUUUGCAAAUGCUUUGAAUAUUUUUGGUAAAAUUGGUGGUUUAAUUAAUGUAUUUUCUUUAAUUGAAGAUAAAGAUGCAGGUAAGGAUAAAAAAAAGAAAUAAAAGAAUAUUUAAUUUGAAAGUGGACCUUUGAAUAUGAAUGAAUCAUUUUUGAAAUAAGCUGAUGUUUUAAAAAAGAUAUUAAUAAAAGUUUUAUAAGAGUCUUCCGAAGCAGAUUAAUAAAUAAAAUUAGAAAUUUGUGAUAUUUUAAAUCAAUAUCUUGAUUAAAAAAUGGAUUAUUGUUUAAAUUAAUUUAAAUAGAAAUUUAAAGAUUAUGUUACAAAACAUCUUAAAAUAAUGUCAAGAUUAGAAGAUGGAUCAUUAAAUUUAACAGUUGAAGCUGAUCGUAAAAAGAUUGAAGAGGCAUUUUAAGGAGCAAUAAAAAAUUAAAUAAAAGCUUUAAUACCUUCAAUAUUAAAAACAGGAACAGAUGCAGAUAAAAGAGGAUAACCAAAAAGUGAAAAUUUUAAUUUAGGAUUUGGUUUAGAUUUAGCUCAAUUAGCAGGAGGUGGUGUAGAAGUAUUAGAAUAAUCAAAAGAAAUAGAUGCAAUAGAUAUAUGUACAAUAUUAGGAUUUGAAAUAUUUCCAACAUUAAUUAAUUUAUUUUGUAUGAGUUAAUCUUUGGAUAUGUAAACAAAGAUUCUAAACAUUUUGACUAGAUUUUAUAAUUAAAGAGAAGAAUUUGCAGAUUUAGUAUCAAAAAUAUUAUUACUUUUUGAUAGUUAAAAUAUUAAGAUAUUUAGUGAUUUAAAAAAGAAAAUGAGAUAAUUAGCUAAGAAUAUUGAUGAAUCUGAAACAUGGAUUAAAGAUCCAACAUUACCUGAUAAUGAAGAUAUCUUAACUUAAACUAUAAAAUAUUUUGAAUUCAUAAAUAAUUUAUUAUAUAAAGAUUCAACUUUAGAAGAUGAUAAUGUAAAAGUUACAUAAAGAAUAUUGAUUGAUGAAUUUAGAUAGUCAAUUAUGAGAAAUUUAAAAGUACAUGAUAUGUGUGUUUAAUUAAUAACAGAUUGUAUUGGAGUAACUGAAAAAUAAUUUGAAGGUAGAACAAGAAAAUUAAUAUAUGAAUUAUUUGGUAAUAUCUUUUUAUUGUUAAAGAAUUUCACUUUAAAUAAUUCAACAAAUUAAUUAUUAUUGAGUGAACAUCUUAAUAAAUUAUAAAUGAAAAUGGAAUUGAAUUUAGGACAAUUAGAUUUAAUUAAUGAAAUAUUUAGAGAUAAUAAGAGAAUAUGUAUUGAAAAACCAGGUACAGUAAUAGAUAAUAUAAGAAAAUUAAUAAAAACAAAUGGUAGAUAAUCAAGAUUCUUAGAAUUCUUUAUUUUAAUUUAAAAAGUUAAAAAGGAAUUUAUUCUAUCAAAUUAAAAAGGAGUUCUUAAUAUGCUUUUAGAUCCAGCUUAUAAGAGUAGUAUAUUUUGGUUGAAAGAUAGAUAAGCUUAAGUAAAUGAUAAGAAUUAAGCUUAAGCAUCUAUAAAACAUGAAUUUGAUUUUACUCCAGCUAAAAAUGAUAAUCCAAAUUAUAGAGAUGAACCUUAUUCAUAUCAUUGUACAUUGAUUGAAGUGUUAUAUACAUGUGCAAUAGGAAAAGAAGGUAUGUUAUAAAAUGAAUCACGUUUAAGAACUAUUAUAUCAUUAAAAUAUGCUCUUGAAAUUUUAUGUGCUCCUGAUGGAAUGACAGAUGAUGAUAUUCAUGUUGUGAAUCCCAGAUAUGAUAAAUAUUAGGUAUCUCAAUUAAAAGUUCCAUUAUUAAAAUAUAUUUAUUAUACUUAUUUGGAAAGUGAGAAGAUAGCUGAAGAAACCUUCAAAUGUAUUAAUGAUAUAUAAGAUUAUGUAAAUGCAGAAAAGAUUAGAAUAGAGAAAUUCACAAAAUUACCAUUAAGUGAAUAAUUUUAAGAAUACUUUUUUACAUAUUUUUUUAUGGCAAUUAAUGGAUUUUUAAGAUUAUAUUAAAAAGAAUAAAAUGAUUAGAAUCUUGUUCAUUAAAAUUAAGCUUAAGUACAUUAAGAAAUAGAAAAUUUAUUUGGUUCUGUUAAAAAAUUGAGAGAUUUAGUAGAGAAUCAUGAAGAUUUAAAUUCUUUGAAAUUAAGUUAAUAAUAAUAAGAUUUAAGAUUGUAUUUCUUAUGUGACAAUAUAGUAGAAGAGGAAAUAUUAUAAAAGUAGAAAAAGGAAGAAGAGGAGAAAUAAUAAGCUUAAAAAUUAGAAGAAUAAAUGUAAGAAGAAAAAAGAAAGAAUAAAAAGAAAUAAAAGACAUUUAAUCUUGGAUUAAAUUUGAUUAAUAUUGAAUUUAAUAAAUAAAAAAAUAGACCAGCAGAUUUUAGAACUGAUGAUGCUUGGAAAUAAUUAUGGCAAAUAUUUAUGUAAACAUUUUUAAAUUCAAAAGAAUUGUUAGAAGAAAUCAAAAAAGAAUAAAAAAUAUUCUCUGAAGCUUUAGAAAAAGUUGAAAGUAUUUAUUCUAAAGAUCCAUUAAUAUAAGAUCAUAUUAAUAAAACAGAAAUAUUUAAAAAAUUGAUUACUUUUUUGAGUAAAGGACACAAUUAACCUGGUUGUGAAUCUACUAUUAAAUAAGUAUUAAGAGCAUUAAGCAAUUAUAUUAUUAUCUCAGAAGAUACAGAAACAACUGAAUAAGAUGAAGAGAAAUAAGCAGAAAUGAGAUAAUAGGUUAGAGAAGACAGAUAAAAUUUUCUUAAUAAUAAUAAUGCUAUGGCCACUAUUUUAGUUAUUUUAUCAGAUUACAAAGACAUUAAUCGAUAUAAUCUAUUAUAUAAUAAUUUAUUGAGUUUUGGUAUUGAAAUGAUGGAAGGAGGUAAUAGAGAAGUAUAAAAAUCUGUAUACAAUUUCUUUGUUAAUUUUACUUCUUCUGAAGUGUUCUUUUUAAGAUUACAUGAAAGAUUUGAAGAUUAAAAGGCAGAAUUAAAAAAAGAAGAUGAAGAUGAGGAUGAUGUUAAAUAUAAUUUUUAAGAUGAACCUGAGGAAACAUAAAACACUUUAAGAUUCUUAUAAUUAUUAGUUGAAGGUCACUAUACAGAAUUAUAAAAUUAUAUGAGAUUCUAAUAAAUGAAUUAUCAUACAUAUGAUUUAUUUACUGAUGUUGUUGAGUUAUUAGGAGAAUAUCUAAAUGUUAAGAAAACUAAAUAUUUUUAUUGUAUGAUAUAAUGUUUUGACACUAUUACUGAAUAUGUUUAAGGUCCUUGUUUUGAAAAUCAAUAAGCUUUAUUUUAAGCUAACUUUUUAGAUAUGGCAACUAAUUUAUUAGGAUUUGAUGAAAGAAUUGAAGAAAUUAAUUUAAGAUAAAAAAAGAAAACCUUAGAUGAAUCAUAAUUAGAUCCAAAUACUGAGAGAAAGAAAAAUGAAGUAUUUCCAAGAUGGAUGUAUGCAAGAUUGAAAUAUAAAUGUUCAAUUACUCUUCUAUCUUUAUUGGAAGGUAGAAAAUCUAAUGAUGUUAUUAUUAGAUUGGCAAAAUCAUUUAAUUUAGAAAUGUUGAAGGUCAAUAUUAUAGAUAUCUAUGACAUGUAUAAGAGUCUAUAUUAAGAUCAUUAUACAGCUGAAAUAUUCUCUCAUUUUUCAAUUGAACCAUAAGCAGAAAGUAAAGAAACAGAAGAAGGUAAAAAGAGUGCAGAUAUGGCUAGUUUUAUUAUUGAAACAGGAUUCAAUUUGUUUGUUCUUUAUUCAACAUUUCUUGAAGUCAAAGAUCCUACAGAUGGAGGUGGUCAAAAAGAAGGUGAGAAAGGAGAUGAUAUUAUGGAGUAAUUCAAGGCUAAUAUUGUAGGUGAGGUUGUGUUUUUAGCAAUUAAUAUAGUGAAAGGAGUAAAAGAUUUCUUUUUAAGUUUUGCUGAGAAAUUGAAUUAGGCUGUUAGAAGAGAUAAUAAUGAAAUAGAUUAUGAUUAAUUAAAGAAAUAAAUAUAAGAUAGUAGAAGUAAAUUAUUCAAGGAAAGUAUUAAAUUCUUUUCUAAUAAUUCUGCUCAUAUUGAAGUAUUAAGAGAAGAUAAGAUGCUUGAAAAAACUUAUUUUUAUUUACUUCCUUAUUGCAAAAGUCUUGAUAAACCUACAAAAACUUAAUUUAAUUAAGAAGCCAAAAGAAUCUCAGUAAAAGCAAAAGUAACAUCUUUAUUACAAGAAUCACCUGAUUUAAUAAAGAAAAUGAAAUUAACAUAUUAAAUUUAAUCUUAUUUGAAUAAAAUAAAGGUGUUAGCUCUAAUUGUUUCAAAAAUUUAAUUGUAUAGAGAUAUUACAUUUAUUUUGGCAUUGACUAUUAAUGUAAUGAUUUUAUUUGUUUUCCAUAAAGAAGUUAAGCAAUGUGAUCCAACAUCUGAUCCUUCUGAAUAUUAAGCUUGUUUGGAUGAUUAUGUUUAUGAAGAAGAUUUAUAGGAACAAGAUUUAUAAUUAUAGGGUGUUAUACAAACAUUAGGAAUAAUUGUAAUUGUUUUAUCAAUGUUAAUUGUGUUAUUCUUUUUAGCAUAGACAGCACCCUUAAUCAUAAAGAAAGCAUGGAUGGGAUGGGAAAAUGAUAACUUUAACAUUAUUAUGUAUAUUAGAAGACUAUUGAUGACAGUUGUCUAUUUAGUAACAGACUUCUAUGUACUAUAUUAUUUAAGUUAUGGAUUUACAGCAUUUUUAGGAACACUUUAUCAUCCAUUCUUUUUUGCAUUUCAUCUUUUUGAUGUUUUAGUGAGAUAUCCUGUGUUAUUGAAUGUUGUAAAAGCAGUUUGGGAACCUAGAAAGUCAAUUCUAUUUACACUAUUUCUAUUUAUUGUACUUAUGUAUGUAUUUUCAUUGGUGGCUUAUUAUUGGUUAUAUGAAAGUUAUCCUCCAAACUUUUGUUAUAGCACUUUCUAAUGUUUAUUGACAGCAGUUGAUAGAUCAUUUAAAUCUGAUGGUGGAUUGGGAGGAUUCUUAACUCCAUCAACAGAUGUUAAACCUAAUGAUGAUGGAUAUUUCUUCCUUAGAUUCUUUUUCGAUAAUAUUUACUUCAUAUUAUUGAUGAUCAUUAUGAUUAAUAUUGUAUCUGGUAUUAUUAUUGAUACAUUUGGUACUUUGAGAGAAGAAUUAAAUGUUUAUUAGUUGGAUCUAUAGAAUAUUUGUUUCAUUUGUGGAUUCGAUAAGGAAACCAUUGAAAAAUCUAGUAAAAAUUAAUUGGGAUUCACCUAUCAUAUUAAAUAGGAACAUUAUAUGUGGAAUUAUUUGUUUUAUAUUGCUUAUUUGAAAGAUAAGGAUUCUACUGAAUAUAGUGGUAUUGAAAGUUAUGUGAUGGAUAAAAUAAAGAAUGAAGACACGUCAUGGUUCCCAACGUUUAAGUAAUAAUAUUUUUGAUUAAUAGAGCUUUAUGCAUGAAUGAUGACUAAGAAGGUUAAGAAUAAGGUCAAAUGAUGAAUGAGUUGAAAUAAAUAUAGGAUGACUAAGAGAGAUUACAAGAAUUGUUAGAUAACAUCAAUUAAUAGUUGGAAAAGAUAGAGGAAGAUUAGAAAUAAAAUCAAUGAUUUUUUUAACGAAUAUUAAUUAAAAUUAUUAUUAUGAUCACUGGAG